AUGAAGAAGGAUCUGUUGACAUGUUACACACCUCUCUCCUGGCUUAACGAUGAAGUCAUCAAUGCGUACCUCGCUUACCUCGUUGAGUACCUCCGUCGCAACGCCGGCAACCUUGAGCCGGGCCAGAAACCGCUGUUCCACGCCUUCAACACGUUCUUUUUUGCCAACCUGCGUGACAAGGGUUACGAGUCGGUACGGCGCUGGGCGUCUCGUGCCAAGAUCGGCGGCGAGGCCCUCUUGGAGGUCGACACGGUGUUCAUCCCAGUCCACGACAGCCACCAUUGGACGCUCAUCGUGGUCAGACCAGCCGAGCGGACCAUCGAAAACUUCGACUCCCUGGGAAGCCUCUCUUCUCGGCACGUGGGGUUGGUGAAAACCUGGCUCCGCGGGGAACUCGGGCCCCGGUAUGUCGACGAGGACUGGGACAUUCUGCCCUCCGUCUCCCCGCAGCAGGACAACGGUUGCGACUGCGGCGCCUUCCUCCUGUCGACGGCGAAAGCGGUUGCGGUCGGUGUUGAGCCCACGGCGUACGGGCCGUCCGACAUCCCGACGCUCCGCAAGAAGAUCGUCGCAGAGUUGAUCAAUGGUGGGCUGGUAGGCGAGUUCGUGCCUGAUGGUUGUCUGUGA